GACGCGUAUUUGGUCGCGUAAAAAGUGAUUAAAAAGCUCAGUUUCGGUGCGAUUUGCAACUCGAAAUCCCCGAGUGUGUCGGAAAAAGGGAAAAAUCUCAAGAAAUUUGCCAAAAUCGCGACAAAUAUCGAUUGAAUCGUUGCAUAUUUGGCAUCAUUUCGUUUCUCCUGUGCUGUAGAGUGCACAUAUCAAUUAAAAAAUCCAGCAAAUUGUUGAUAGUUGGCGUAAAAUUAGUGAAACAGAGGACAAAAGGGGAGCAAAAGAGACGCAACUCCGAUAAGAAUCCGCGAAAGAAGCUCGCAGAUACGCCACAGUGAAAAAGGUGAAAAAAUUGAAAUUGUUUACAAUUUAUGACAUUCAUACGUACGAACACACGUCGAUAGCAGGCAAAAGAAGAGAAAUAGAGAAGAGUGGCUGUGUAUGAAGAAUAAUAAUAAAAGCGGGAUUCUUGGUAUGUGUUGCGCAUAUUCGUCGUUGUCGUCACUAACACACGUAAUUGCCAGCAUUACAACAUCGAGUACAUGGGGCAGUAGUGAUAAAAUGAGAAUUUUGUAAAUAAACACAGAUUUGUUUGCAAACACCGUCGCCGUAUCUCGCGUAAUAUGCUGUGAAACCCCUGAAAAAGCGCAGAAAAAGAACAUUUUUUAAAAUUUCAACGCAAAAAACCCCUCAUUGAACGAUGGCAGAGUCAACAAUUGAAACCACAACGACCAAAAAUGACGAAGACGAAUUCAUGAACGACCAAAAUAUGCUCGAUAUCGAGGAAGAACUCAAAAAACUCGAUGGCGGAAGUGACGUGAAUGUUGUGAAAGCCGUGCAAAAUGAACUCAACAACAAACGCAAUUCCGAUGCGGAAAAUUCUCCCACAAAAUCCCCAAGUAUCGCAUCGCCCGAAUGCUCAACGGCGAACGAAUCGCCGCCAACGUUGCCCUACAUGACGUCGCCCGAUCCCGCAAGCGUCAAAUCUCUCGCGAACGGGACUUUGCCCAAAUCGGGCAAACCGAUGAUGAUGAAUCUCGAGAAAAAUACGAAGAAAAAGGUGACAAAAGCGCGCGGAAGACCCAAGCAGAAGGCACUUGUCGCCAUGUAUCAGAGUCAAAUUAAAGACAACAACGUCGGCAUUAAGCUGUGCAUCAAAAAAUCCGACCUCACAAGUAGCGGGAACAAAAAUAGCAGUAAAAAGUCAAAUAGUGCGAUGCCGGGCAAAGCGAAACCCGUGAGAAAACGAUCGAGAAAGUCAAAAGUGCAGGCGAACAGUGAUAGCGAGUCAGAUGCUUAUGAAAAGCGACGGAAGAAAGAAGGAGGCAAAGCAAAGUCAAAUAAUAAUACGGAAAAUGAGAAUGAACCAAAACAGGCGCAGAGCGUUUUUGCGGAAAGAUUGCCGCAACAUAUUUUACAUCGGAUAUUUUCAUUCGCCAUUGCCGACACAGGCACCCUUCCAACAAUUUCACGCUUGGCACGCGUUUGUUCGCUUUGGCGUCAAGUUGCCAUCUCUCCAUCCCUUUGGCGUACCGUCGAUUUAUCCGCAUGGCCUGUGCGCGAACGUCAACGUACCGAACUCAAUCUAAAAUGGCUCAUCGAGCAUCGUCUUCUCGGUAGUUUGGACCUGAAUUUAAGCAAUUGGAAAAUCAAAAAUGUCGAUUGUGUGUUUGAAAAGUUGCUGGAAGCGGCACCCAACCUCGAAGGCAUCGCGCUGGGCGGUUGGAAAGAAUUGACAUCAGACCAACUCUUGUACCUUGUCGAAGAAUUCAAGAAACUCAGUCGACUGGAUUUGAGUUCGAUCAAUUCGGAGACAAAUAUCGGCAAGACAGCAGUUGGAGCGGCUUCCAUUUGCACAGCGACGCAAAAAAUGGGCGAACGUCUCACACAUUUGUAUUUAGCGAAUAAUCGGUUAGCGAAUUUACCACAAAUUAUCAGCACGUUAUCGACCCAUUGCCCGAAUUUGGAGUCGUUGGAUUUGUCAAAUGUAACUACGAUAGCAGCAUCUCAUGGAAUUUUGCAUGUCGAAAAGUUCCAACAUGGAUGUCAAAAGUUAAAAGCACUUCGAAUAACAAAUUCUCACAUAACAUUAAGUCCAGCAACGGUUCAAGAACAGAUGGAAUCACCUGGAUUUCCGGAUCUCGAGGAAUUAUCGAUCGCAGCUUUGGCUGACGAGUCGAGAAUCUUCAACGAUGAAUGCUUGCAACGCAUUCUCAAAACAAGUACAAAGCUAAAAUUACUCGAUGUGCGUGGAUGUGCUCGUCUAACGCACGACAGUCUCAUCAGAUUGCCGACAUGGGACCUGAAACACUUAUUUUUGUCGGGAUGUUCAGUGACGCGAGAUAUUGGAUCCGGACUCGAAUUAGUUGCCUCUAAAUACGCACAUAGUCUAACUGAGUUAGAUUUGGCUUGGGCAAAUGCCACAGAAUCCCUCGAUAAUGCCUUAAAAGCACUCGCUGAAAAGGGAAAAGAAUCUCCGUUGAGUCAUUUGAAUCUCUGUGGCUCCUCCGUAUCUGUCGAUGCCGUCAAAGAAAUUCUCAUCAAUUGUCCUGCCUUAAGUUCGAUCAACUUAUCAUCGUGUCGAGGAUUACCCCGAGGCGUAAAACGACCCUUGCAAGGCGUCACGGAAAUCAAAGAACUUCGAGAAACAUUGGGCGCCCCAUUAAAAUUCGUCAAACCAACGAUAGAAACAUCCGUAAAACCAGCUACGGAAUAAUUUACAAAAAAAAACUCAUAAUGGGAGAUAAAAUGAUAUUUUUUAUCAUUUAACAGCAAUUCGAAUACAAAAAUGGAGAUUCCUUUUAUAAAUUUAUUUUCUUAUUAUUUUAUUUAAAGAUUUUAUUAAACCUUAAAAAAAUUGUAAAUAAUAUCCUAUAAUUUUAUUUGUAAAUUUGUAAAUCCACAAACUCUCUCUAAAAAAAAAUAAAACAAAAAAUCGCGCUAAAAACAAACAAAAUUCAAUUGUGCCUACUUAUGUUUAACAUGGUUUAGUCCAAACACACAAAAUCACAUUAAUCAUUAAGCUUAGGAGUCACUAACAGAAUUUUCGACCUUUUUAGUUGCUUUUGUGUGAAAAUUUUUUUUGACAAAAUUUUAUAAUCCAAUUUUUAUAUAA